CCCAUACAAAUGGAGAACCCCUAUAAAGAGCCUCCUAAAAAAUGUGUCUUAUGUGGAAUAAAUGUGGACUACAAGAAUGUGCAGCUUCUUUCCCAGUUUGUUUCUCCGCAUACUGGCUGCAUUUAUGGCAGGCACAUAACAGGCUUGUGCAACAAGAAGCAGAAAGAAAUUACAAAAGCCAUUAAAAGAGCUCAUGUAUUUGGAUUUAUGCCAGUUAUGUUUAAGAACCCAUCAUUUCUCACAGACCCCAAGAUAUGUAAUAUCAAGUAUCCGGAGUAA